UGACCAAUGCGCCGCCCGCAUUUUCAGCACCUACUGCUUCAUCUGUGAGUGCUCCAUUGAUUGGGGAGCCUACAUCGCUUACUGAGGCUACUCUUAGGGCAUCCCAGGUGCCCGCAUCAUCGGCGUCAUCAGUGUCGGUUCAGCCACUCAGUGCACGGCGGCCUCUUCGGCGCCGCUGCCAUCCGGAGCCUUCUGAUCACACUUCCUUUGCAUCCACAAUCGAGGCUAAAAAAAACACCAGGCGGCCUAAUCGAAUGCUGAAGCUGGUACACAACGUACGUAGGUCCAACAAAUUGAUCAAGAUUGCGUAUGACUCGCGACAUCGUGGAGUGGCUACCUCACAGCAGCAUAGCAGCAUCGCUACCUGUUGUAGUUUCGUUCUGGAUCAGAAGUUCGGUCAUCAUCAUGGCAAGGUUGUUCGGGGUAUAGGGAAGGCGCGGGUUCGUGAGACGGGUGCCUCCUCUUCCAGAUCAACCACAGCACAGGUCAUUGCCUUGACGAAGGAAGUGGAAACCCUAAAAGCUAAGAUUGCGGCCGAGGGCGAUAAGAUUGCGGCCCAAGGCGAUAAGAUUGCAGCCAAGGGCAAGAAGAUUGCGGCCUUGGGCGAGAAGAUGAGCAUGAUCUUACGGGCCUUACAGAUGUCCGGCCUCCAAAUCCCGAUGCCAGCACCUAAUCUUGCUCCACCUUCGACCUCCCAGCCACUUCGCCCAGCCGAUACUCAGUAGCCUGAUGCAUUAAACCCAUACGACUACUUGUUGUAGUUUUUUUUUUAUGUUCGGACAACUUUUACGUACAUUUUCAUA